AUGGCCAGCUCCAGCUCAGCUGCAGAUAAUCCUGGCAAGCGGGGGCGAGGCCGGCCGAGAAAAGACGCACAGGCCCCAGCUGCUCUUCAAGAAGCAGCUCAAGAUGAAUGUGUUGACAGCUUGCUCUCGAUGAUAGCUGAAGCAGAGGUGCCUGAGUCGGCCUCGAAGGAAAAGAACAAGCCAGAGAAGCACAAUGUAAAAAAGGACAAGAAGGAAAGGAAAGUGGAUGAGGAUAAGGAUAAGACAGUGAAGGACAAGAAGAACGCCAAGAGCUCGAAGAAAGAAACCGAGCAGGAGCGGGAGAAGAAGCCUAGCUUGCCAGGCAACUACGAAUGGCCAGCUGAUCCGGUCAUGGAGAAGCUCACAGUCGAAGGAGCUCUUUGUGAUGACAUGUCAAGGUUGAGGCUCAGUGCAUAUACUGACUUGAGGAAGUGGUUUCAAGGGGAACCAUCAGAGAACAAGCACCCGGACCCAAAGAAUCCUGGCCUUCGAAAAGAGGAGCUGCCAGGAGGUUCUGCAGCAAUUUCUCUCGAGGGUUUGACGAACUGGAGUGACGACAAGGGCGCUGGUUGGAGGACGGUGCGCAAAGCAGUGCAAGGCAAGAACAAGACAGAGAGCCGCUGGUUUGGCGCCAAUUCUUGGGGCAGCUGGCGCAUGGCCUUCCUUUUGGCCCGCCUUCAGCACCAAGUCUGGAAGGCUGCGGCAGCGAAACGGCCCAGCGCGGCGGAGCCAAGCUCUGCUGAGCCCAGCUCGGCGGAGCCAAGCUCUGCUGUGGAGGCGGAAGGGGGCGCCCCCGUGGAGGAGCAGGUGCUCGGACAGGAACCAUGGCGUGACUUCACACCCAAGUCAAUCGAUUCCACAAAGUGCUUGGCGCGAAUUUGGAAUGAUGGCUUUGGAGGUCAAUGUGAUGCAGACCGCCCCAAGGACAACAAGCUAUGCUGGAGGCAUCAGAGGCUUGCAGUGUCGAAGCAGGGAUUGAUUUAUGGCUUGGCAGAUGGGCCAAUUCCUGAGCAUAGGUUGAGACAGUUCCAGGCAGCCGUGGUGAAGGGAACCUCAGGAGGACGGAAGCGCCCUGCGCCUGAAGUGGAAACCGCCAAGAAGAGUGAUGACCCUAGAGGUGCACCGAAGAACGUGUCAAAAAGAAUUGCAUGGCUCUUACACACCCCACAGCGCCGAGGAAAGCGCAGAAAGCUGACAAAGGCAAAGGCAGCUGAGUCCGAGAAGGCUAAGGUGGCUAAGGAUGAGAAGGGGCUUGAGUCCAAAGCAAAGAUACCAAAAGAUGCAAAAGAUGUACCUCUUCAGCACACUAAGCAGGAAGCGCCACCACCGCCAAGGGUCAGAAGGAGGGUCUCGACAAAGAGCGGACGAGUUGAAGAUUCUACGUUACCUCCACAAAAGCUGGCCGAUUUGGAUCAAUUCAGGACAGCUGAAAAGAAAGCAGAACGGCGAGGAAGACGAAAGAAGACUGACGAUGCCUCUCAAAGGAAAGUUGCUCCGGAGGAGCCAGAUUUGAAGCAACAGGGUGAAGUAAGAAGCCGCCGCCUCUUGCAAAACAUGUCGAAAGCAGAGAAAGAGAGAAGAAAACAAGACGUGUGGACUACUUUCGACGACGCUAUGGAUCAGGCCGUGAACCAGAUUGAUUCCGAGCUGCAAGCGGGUCCAUUUGAUGGAUUGCUGAAUGACAAAGGCUGCAUUCCAGUCACUGGCAUGGCCAAGACUGUUCAAUCCAUGCGAUCGACCCCGCUGCACCACAGGUUGCAGUUUAGCAUGAUCCUGCGAAAGACUAUGCUUGAGAAUCCUCAAACUACAACAGCAUUCAUGAAUGCUGGAGGUGUGGGUGCUCUUCGCCAAUGGCUUCAAGAAGCGUUGCUACCUGGACAAGCGACCAGCAGGCAACAGGAGGCUGUGGUGCUAGAAACCCUGGAUUUGCUGCACCUAGUGCCAGUGACGUUGCCAGUGCUGCAGAGCACGGGUAUCGGCUCGACUUUGGUGGCCAUCCGCCACUAUGUUGCCCCGGCCAUGGCUGAUGCUGGAGAGCUUGUGGCCAAGUGGAUGAAGAAGUUCUCCCGGGAGUUGAAGUCGAAGCCCAAGGCCCCUCAACCCAUGAGUUCUGCUUCUAGCUUUGCUUCUUCAGCAUCGAGCAGCCGCGCGCCUCCAUCUCCUCGGCCAGCUGCUGCGCCGGUGAUGCCUGCGCCGGCCCCCGCUCCUAGAGUAUCCACGCCACCGAAGAGGAUGGCCUUUACGAUGAGGAUGAAGAUGCGGAAGCAGGAACGUCUCCGGAAUGCGCAGAAUGAAGUAGAGGCGACGCUGCGCGAGCUCUUCAAGCUGGGUCAGGUCCUGGAAGAAGAGCAUCGAGAGAAAGAGGCACCCCAAAAGGGAACAGAGGUCAUCGAGAACAUCGACCUUCGAUACAUGGAUAUUGACUGAGAGCUGCGCGGGCAUGCUCAGUGGCAGAUUUAUCGUGUUUCAUCAUUUUACAUACUUUCAUCUUGGGAGGUUUUUGGUGUUGCGA